UGUAAAACAAAUACUUGGACCCUUUUUGUUUUUUUGUCAAAUUCGUCAGCAUGUACUGUUGCAGCCACUAAAAAGUUAUUUUUUCAAUUCCCUGGCACAUUUGAGCUCUCAGCAAAAAUUACAAAUUACUUCUGCGGUAAUACUGGGAACUGAGGUGGCAUGUAUCAUGGUGGGCAACCAAAACAAGUCUCCUUUUUAUUCUUCUUUGUUCUCUUACGAAAGUAUGGGACACGAGCAGAGGGAAGGCAGAUUGUGAGGCACCCAGCGCCACACAUUAGCAGCUUCUAUUUGUUUUGAGGCUCUUACGCAGUCCCCAUAAGGCGGCUAUGUGCGCGGCACUGUGCUUAAGUGUAGCCGUGACGCUAAAUCUCGCGUGAUGAGACCAGGAGUCGGGAUUUUGUGAAAGAAAGAAGGAAGCAAGCAGUUAGAGGCUUUGCUGAAGGUGCAAGUAGUGAUUCACGACUGUGGGUUGUUUUAUGAAAAGCGGGACUGUUGGGCACUGUGCAUUUACUUGUUUGGAAGGUGAGAUUUUAACUCCCCCCCAGCCUAGCCAAUCCCUCAUACGGCUCAACCGGGACGAAAACUGGGACAAACCAUACGGUACAUUUUUUAGGACAUUGGCUUACCCCUGGAUAUCUGCACCGCUCUGAUUCCCAUCAUCCCUUUUCAGAUUUUCUUGAAGUGAAAUGGAAGAUCUGGAAGAAGAAAAUUUUACUCUGUCUGUUUCUUCCCCUAAAGAUGCUGAAUUUGACAGUGUGGUGGGACAUAUGGAAGAUAUCAUAAUGGAUGAUGAAUUCCAGUUACUUCAACAUGGUUUUAUGGACAAGUAUUAUCAUGAAUUUGAAGACACAGAAGAAAACAAGUUAACAUACACUACAAUUUUCAAUGAAUAUAUUGGUUUAGUGGAGAAGUUUAUCGAAGAGCAGCUGCUUCUGCGAAUCCCAGCAUUUAACAUGUCUGCAUUCAUCUCCUCAUUACAAUGCCAUCGGGAGGAAAUAGCUGGUGAUAUUUUUGAUAUAUUACUAACAUUUACAGACUUCUUGGCUUUUAAAGAGAUGUUCCUUGACUACAAAGCUGAAAAAGAAGGUAGGACUGUUGACUUGAGCUGUGGCUUAGUGGUGACACCUUUAAUCGGCUCUUCGGUCUCUUCAUCAUCAUAGAACAUUGGCUGUUAUUCUUUUAUUGUAUUAUUUAAAUUUUGUACCUAUUUUUCUAUGUAAAUAGUUAGUUUAUUCUUUCCAAAUUAGUCUGGAUUUUAUUUUUCUGGAACAUCCACAGUUAUUGUAGCUUCAUACUAUUACUUGCCCAAAUACAGACAUUCUUUACUGGCUGUUGCACAUAAUUCUUACUUCCCCUUAAUCUCUUUGGAUCAAAUAACCUGCUCUGUGAUUACGGCGAUCAUGCAGGCAUCAAAUGAAUCAAUAUUUUUUGUAUGGCUUGUUUGCCUAGGUGUUAUGUUGGUUUCUGGUUAGAGAUUGUGAUUAGAAUCACUCACUGGGGAUCAUUUAUCAACACUGAGCAAAUUUGCCCAUAGCCGUAAACCAUAGCAACCAAUCACUGAUUUGCUUUUUUUUCAGCCAGCUGGGGGUAGAACAAUGAAUGCAACAAUUUGAUUGCCAUAGGUUACUGUCCAUGGGCAAAAUUGCCCAUUGUUGAUAAAUGACCCCAAUUGUUGCAUUCUAGCUCAUCAUACUUGUCUUGUUAUAUUUAUUAUUUGCCUCAAAAUACUUGUAUAUGAAGAAACUGAUUAAUAACUUCUGGUAUGUAAAUUAUGAUGUUACAUGUCUACAAUAAAUAGAAUGUUUGACAUUUUCAGCAAUGGGAAAUCCCUUUUUACACAGAAAUAUGUUCUGAUUAAAAUUUAAAGAACAUUUAUAUCCUAAUAAGUGACCUUGCAAAGAAUCUUAUGAAAUUGGCACCUGCAUAUCAGUAAAUAUUGUGUUUUCCCUUGA